AUGGAGACCGAAGGAACGCAAGAACAGAGGAGACGAACUCGUGGGCCAUCUAGAUGCAUUUUCUUUGACAAGCUAAGGAAGAACGGGAAAGUGCAGUUGAAGAUAAACGAUGGUGAGACAGCCCCAUGUUGUGAACACGCUGCUAUGUUCACAACACGAGUAUCGUGGAUUGUGAAACAAUAUUGUGACAUGAGUUACAAGCGUUGGUCGGAUGUCCCACCAGCGAUUAAAGAGGAGUUCAUUGACCGUGUUCGGAGUGACUUUGUGUUGGACUGGGAUCGCGAAAACCACCGAUUGACGGUGACAAAGGCCUUACGUAAGCGCUUCAACUCCUUCCACCACGACUUGCACAAGAUUUAUGAAUCCUAUGGAAGCCACGCAGAAGCGUUGGCUAAUGGAACUAGUCUGGUGGACCCCAUUGUAUGGGUGAAGUUGUGUGAAAAGUGGGGCAGCGAUGCCUUUAAGAAAAUUUCAGCUCAAAAUCGGGAGAACCGAAAGAAGCAGGCCAUUAAUCACACGUCAGGACGUAAAUCAUUCGUCCGAUUACUUGAGCAAAAGCGCAAUGAGAAUGGGAAUUUGGUCGACUUCUACAAAGAGACGCGUUGGUCGAAGAAAAAGAAUGCAUUUGUCACAGAUGCUACAGAAAAUACUUAUAAGGAGAUGCAAUGUAGGUUGGAUGGCCUAGGACCAGAGCAACGUAGUGAUGAGGCAGCAGCGACUGUCUUUAGGGAGGUUCUUGGCCAUCGACCUGGAUAUGCACGGGGACUUGGGGAAAUGGUCAUCCCCGAGUCAAGUAGACAACGUGACAAAGUUCAAAUGCAACAAUACAUGUCUGAGGCUGAAAAGCACAAGAAAGAUGCUGAACAAUAUAAGAAGGAUGCUGAGCAAUAUAAGAAGGAUGCUGAAGCUUACAAGAGUCAGCUGGAUGAAAUGAGGACAGAGAUGCGGGAGCUGAGGGAGCAUCAGCUACAAAAUGACAAAGUGAUGCAAUCUUUCUUUAGGGCUUUCCCGUCGUUCACUGAGUCAGUUCGACAGACUCAGUGCAACGAUUCCCCCGGCCCAUAA